AUGGAGUCGAGGCUUACUUACAAUGAUGCGAGUUCGUCGGAGGAGGUUAUCGUGAGGAGACUUCCUCCUAGGGUUAUUUUCAUGCGACACAUGAGGACCAAUUGGCUCAAGUAUGCGACGGGUUUGUUGCUCAUACUGUCGAUCAGCCAGUUAAUCUACAUCACCCGCCUCGGCACGGGAAUGGUCCGUAUACCAAACGAUCCCUACGAUUUACGAUUCGGUCACCUCAGUCACGAUAGUCCUGAAAUCUGGGAUGAUAACCAUCAAUCAUUCCUCCGAAGCGCUCGUCCUGUACCGGUCCACUCGCAUAAUGAUUACACACGGCAUAUCCCACUGUUUGAAGCCCUCGGCUCCGGGUGUAUCAGCAUCGAAGCAGAUGUUCAUCUACGACACGGAGAUCUAUUUGUUGCGCAUUCGCGAUUGAGCGUGAAUCCUCACCGAACGUUACAAGGAAUGUACCUGAAGCCCCUCCAGCGCAUGUUGGAAGCACGCAACGCGGGAGUAAAGGAUGAUGACUGGCAAGGCUUCUUCGAAAUGGCGCCCAAGCAAACCGUCACCCUCCUCGUCGAUCUCAAAACAGCUGGCCCGGAAACAUUCGAUGCGUUGAAUGCUCAGCUCCAGCCUCUGAGAGACCUCGGCUACUUGACAUACUGGAACGGCACAGAGAGAAUAGUCCGACCUCUCACUGUCGUCGGUACCGGAAACACCCCCUUCGAGUCCGUUAUGGCUAUGAACUCUACCCAUCGCGACAUUUUCUGGGACGCCAAGCUCGAGAGUCUUGUCUCAACGGACGACGACUUCUCAACAAACCCUCCCUCGUACAAAUACAACCACUCCAACUCAUACUUUGCAUCAACAAGGUUCGAGAAUGCUAUUCUCUACAGAUCAAACUUUCAGCGCGUACUGGAUACACCGCCGUCAAGAGAACUUGACAUGUCAUUGACGCAGAUUGAGCAGGCCAAGGCUCGUGGUCUGUUGGCGCGGUACUGGGAUACUCCCUCAAAACCACCGAAUGUGAGGGAUAUCGCCUGGAGGGUGUUGAUAGACAACGGUAUUGGAAUCCUGAAUAUGGAUGAUAUGGGGCUUGUGAGAGGGAGGGCUAGAGGUUGGGGUGCUUUGGGCCGUGAUUAUCUUUGA